UGACCUAAUCUCCUUGGAUCUUUAAAACCCCAUUUACAGAGGAUGCUGUUACAACAACACAUUUAUUUUUGUUAGUUUUGUGUGCUUCAGUGUUUGCUCUUUCUGGCACACCAAUUCAUUUUCCAGUGGAGACCAUUGUGAGAUCGUAGGCUGGGAGGAUGACAGCUCAAGUGUAUUGCUUGUUUGGUUUGGUUUUAUUGUGUCUGCUUGGGAGCUUGAACAUAACCGAUGCUACUGUAGAUUUGAGCCAUAUUGCCAAGCUGGUGAAGCUGACAGACUUGCUGCCCCAUCAAAGAUGUUCUUCUGGUGGUCGUGGUUCAAUGAAACCAGGUCAAUGUCCUGACCCAAAGAACAUUCCACUGUCUGCUAAAAACUGUGUCCAUGAUGGUCAGUGUCCUGACACACAGAAGUGUUGCCCAACAACCAGUGGCCAUGGAUGCAGUGAACCAAGCGGCCAGGGCCAGGGAAGCUGUCAGAACGCGGGUCAGGGCGCCGGACAGGGAAGUGGACAGGGCCUGGGAAGCGGCCAGGGCGCCGGCCUGGGAAGCGGCCAGGGAAGCGGACAGGGCGCCGGCCAGGGCCAGGGAAGCGGCCAGGGCGCCGGCCUGGGAAGCGGACAGGGCCUGGGAAGCGGACAGGGAAGUGGCCAGGGCGCCGGACAGGGCCAGGGCGCCGGCCAGGGAAGCGGCCAGGGCCAGGGCGCCGGCCAGGGAAGCGGCCAGGGAAGCGGCCAGGGCCAGGGAAGCGGCCAGGGCCAGGGAAGCGGCCAGGGCGCCGGCCAGGGAAGCGGACAGGGCGCCGGCCAGGGCCUGGGAAGCGGCCAGGGCCUGGGAAGCGGCCAGGGAGCCGGCCAGGGUCAGGGAAGCGGCCAGGGCGCCGGCCAGGGCCAGGGAAGCGGACAGGGUCAGGGAAGCGGACAGGGCGCCGGCCAGGGCGCCGGCCAGGGUCAGGGAAGCGGCCAGGGCGCCGGCCAAGGUCAGGGAAGCGGCCAGGGCGCCGGACAGGGCCAGGGAAGCGGACAGGGUCAGGGUAGCGGACAGGGUGCCGGACAGGGUCAGGGUAGCGGACAGGGCGCCGGUCAGGGAAACGGACAGGGCCAGGGAAUUGGUCAGGGAAGCGGCUAUGGCCAGGGAUCUGGUAGUGGACAGGGAGUUGGUCAGGGAAGCGGCUAUGGUCAGGGAAGCGGCUAUGGCCAGGGAUCUGGUAGUGGACAGGGAGUUGGUCAGGGAAGCGGCUACGGUCAGGGAAGCGGCUAUGGCCAGGGAUCUGGUAGUGGACAGGGAGUUGGUCAGGGAAGCGGCUACGGUCAGGGAAGCGGCUAUGGCCAGGGAUCUGGUAGUGGACAGGGAGUUGGUCAGGGAAGCGGCUACGGUCAGGGAAGCGGCUAUGGCCAGGGAUCUGGUAGUGGACAGGGAGUUGGUCAGGGAAGCGGCCAGGGAGUUGGCCAGGGAAGCGGUCUGUGAUGUGGUCUGGGAAAUUGUGGUCUCUGAAACUUUUCUUGGAAUUUUGCAUAACGUGUACAGAAGAUCUUUUCAAUUCAGUGCUAUGUUCAUAAGGAUUUUUCCUUUUUUGCUAUAACAUUUCAGAAAGACUAUCUCUGCUUCCUUCCCUUAAAUAAAAAGAAAAUUGCUUGA